CGAGGGAGACAGCGGCGAGAAGGCAGCACAUCACACCAGGCGCCGUUUUGCAUCCCAAAAAAAUCUUGACGCCACACUGGCUGCUGCUGCUGCUGCUGCUGCUGAGCUCUGUCCCCAGUCACCGCAGAGGAGACACGUGCAGGCUGGGACCAAAUCACUGACAGACAAAGACUGAAGACAAAACACCAACACAGCCACACAUACUGCCAGAGGCACCGAGCGGAGCGUUUGGGCUGAGGAAGACCUGCCGAGGCGCCUUCCUCCACGUUGGCAUCUGGAGCAGGGAGCAAGGGAGAGUGGCCGAGGAAGACAGGAGAAAAAGUUACAGCGAGAGAGGAAAAAAGAAGACUGUUGAGUGAUGUGAAAAGUGCGGCGAGACUGAAGGCUCUGCUGGUUUCGGAGAGGUCCUCCGUCUGCAAAGGGACGAGUUCUCACACCAAGUACAGAGCAGCGAGCAAUGAGGAAGAAAGAAAAGAGGUGCUCGUCCAAUCAGAGAUGCAGAUGGCCACAGAAGACAUGAGCACCAGCCAAUCUGGCACCAGGAUGACUUCCUCUUGCCAAUUUAUACAUAACAAAUCAAAUGCGACCCCCUAAUUGAACAAUUGAUACAGUUUACCUAGACACACAUACUGCCAAUGAAGUGAUACCUCCCAUUCCUGCGCUCAUUUCUACUUUGAUAAAUCCUUAAUUCCUCACACAACUCAGUCUUUAAUUUGCUGUACUGUUACAAGACAAGCUAAAGAGAAACUUUUUUACCAUGCUGUGACUACGCUUCAAGCAGUGCAGACACAACUCUGACAAUAAGGCAACACCAAGCCACCACACACUGAGAUACUACUGUACAAACAAGCCCGCAGUCCCUUUCAAAUGGCACUAGCCUGCAUGGAUAAAUGUUAGAUGGCAAGCAUCUCUGCUCGGGUUUCUCCAAUGGAUAUUGUAACGACUUCCCAAAUGGCCCAGAGGACAGGACAGGGACGGCAGAGACAUAACGUGACUGGAGGUUCCUCAUCAGUGGUCCUGUCCACAGCCAGCUCCUUCCUCUGUUGGCUCGCCCUGCUGUCAGUAAUGCGGUUGCCAAUGGUAACAGCUGACUGCUGGCUUAUCGAAGGCGAGAAAGGCUUUGUGUGGCUGGCCAUCUGCAGUAUGAACCAGCCGCCUUAUGAGGCCAUCCCCUCUCAUAUCAACAGCACUAUUGUGGAUCUGAGGCUGAAUGAGAACAAGAUACGGUCGGUCCAUUAUUCUUCACUCAGUCGCUUUGGCAACCUCACCUAUCUGAACCUCACCAAGAAUGAUAUCAGCUAUGUGGAAGAUGGAGCGUUCUCAGCACAAUUCAACCUGCAGGUUCUCCAGAUGGGUUUUAACAAGUUGAGGAACCUGACAGAGGGGAUGCUGCGAGGUCUGGGCAAGCUGCAGUAUCUCUACCUGCAAGCCAACCUCAUCGAGACUGUUACACCCAACACCUUCUGGGAAUGCCCCAACAUAGAAAAUAUAGACCUCUCCAUGAACAGGAUUCAGGUGCUGGAUGGCAGUUUGUUCUCUGGACUUUCUAAGUUGACCACUUGUGAACUUUACACCAACCCCUUCAACUGCUCUUGUGAGCUGCUGGGUUUCCUGCGCUGGCUCUCAUCCUUUCCCAACAGGACCAGUGAGAGGAUGGUGUGCGAUUCCCCUUCAGGGUUCUUCGGCUACAACCUCCUGAGCCAGAACCCCCGCAUGCCUACCCAACGCAAUGCACUGCAUGUGCUCAGUCUUGUAUGCACAGAUGAUGGCAGCGUGACAUCCUUCUAUGUCAUUGGUGCAGCUGAUUCCACCACCCCGGUCCCAGAUUUCGCCUCUCCCUGCGGAUUGGACGAUUGUGCUUCUGGGACUCCUCCUGAUGAGGUAAUCAGCUUGAGCCCCAUUUUCUCUGACGUCAAUCCAAUCAUGAUGUUAAAGCAGGUGCUACAUUCGAGCGCUGUGAUUACGGUUCAGAUUCCCUACCCGUACAGGAAAAUGUACAUCCUGGUGCUUUAUAACAACAGCUUCUUCACAGAUAUCCAGAAUCUGAAAAGUCAAAGAGAAGAUAUUGAGCUCAAGAACUUGAAACCUAACACCGACUACACAUACUGUGUGGCUUCUAUACGAAACUCCCUGCGCUUCAACCACACCUGUCUGACCAUCUCCACUGGCCGCCGGGCCGAGGCUGAGAGGAUAGCUAAUCAGUCAUCAGCUACUCACUACAUUAUGACUAUUUUGGGCUGUUUGUUCGGCAUGUUACUGUUCCUUGGCCUAGUAGUCCACUGCCUGAGGAGGAAGAGGAUCAUGGAGGAGAAGGAGAGAAAGAUGAGCAGGAUUCAAAGGACUCUGAUAGAGCUCAAGUAUGGUGGAGAAGGGGAUAUAGAGGGAGGGAGCGGAGGAUCUGUUUCCCAGAAGCUUGGUGCUGGGGAGAGUCUGUCCAGAAUGCCCUACCUUCCUCAGGGUGGUGAGAUUGAUCCAUAUAAGCUGCAGGAGGUGAUAGAAACACCGGUGCACAAGCCUGCUAAACUCAACUACAUGGAGGUGAGAGGGUCUGGCAUUGAAAGGGAGAGAGAACGAGAGCGGGAAAGAGAGAUGUCACCACAAGCAAAUCCCCAGGGUUCAGUAGCAGAGAUCUCAACCAUAGCUAAAGAAGUCGAUAAAGUUAACCAGAUCAUCAACAACUGUAUAGAUGCCCUAAAAUCUGAGUCUACCUCCUUCCAACAGGGGAUGAAAUCCCCCUCUUCUGCAGGUGGAGGGGCCGUUUCUACUGCAGAGCCGCAGCUGGUGCUUCUCUCUGAGCAAGGAGAGAGAGAUAGAGGAGGCGAGUUCCUCUCCCCAGUUUAUAAGGGAGGAAGAGGAGGGAGAGAAGAGAGGGGGAGAAGCUAUCAUCAUUCUCUGCAGCGACACCACAGCGUGGAGGCACCUCCGACCUCCAAAAGGCCUAGCACCUCCUCUUCUCCUGGUUCUGCCCGAAGCCCUCGCUCAUUCCGCUCGGAGGGAGGCUAUCACUCGUCAGAGACCCGCUACAUCGAGAGGACCUCACCUGGAGAGAGAGGAGAGAGGGGGGGAGGCGGAGGAGGAGAGGCCAUUCGCACAGUCACCCCAGCAGCGGCUAUCUUACGAGCUGAAGCCCAGAGAAUCCGCCAGUACAAUGAACACCGUCACUCCUAUCCCGGCUCCCAGCAGCACCUCCAAGAGCUGCAGCACCACCCCCAGAUCCUGCAGGAGCUGCAUCACCACCCAGGGGCCCGAAAGCCCUCCAUGUUAGACCCCCUCACCCUCAGCAGGCAGGCCAAGCAGCGGGAGCUGGCCUACUCCCAGCUCUCGCCACACUACCCGCUCUCGCCCCAGUACCACAACCUCAGCUACUGCUCCAGCCCAGAAGAAGACGAGGAGGAUGAAGGGCUCCUCUGCACCCCGACCCUGGGGUUAUGGGAGAGGUUCAAACUGCACCGUAAGAGGCACCGGCAGGCGUCCAUGGAGGACGAAGGAUACGUGGCAGCUGGACAUGCGCUGAGGCGAAAGGUUCAGUUUGCCAAGGAUGAGGAUCUUCAUGACAUACUGGACUACUGGAAAGGUGUGUCCGCCCAGCAGAAGACCUGAUCCCACAUCUGGAGACCCCAAACACUUUGAGGAUGGAAAAUAACAACACUGCACCCAUUACAUAUUGAUACAGAUACACAGACUGAUACAAAAAUGACCUGUAAAUACACACAGACACACACACACACCUUACAGGAUCUACAGAAUCAAACUGCACACACACAUCUAUAUAUUCACACACUUUACACAAACCAAGCCUUUGCUUCUGAGAACAUGAAGGAGGACCAAACUAAUAUAUUAUACUGAACAAAAAUCAUAACUUAUAGAGAGACUGAGUUACUUUUUGUAAUGUAAUACACAUUAUAGCUCAGACUUAUGUAGCUAUUUGUACUAAGUUUUGAAUGACAAAAAAAAAAAAAAAAUCAACAUUAAGAGCAGAAACCUUAAAUGUUGCCGGGCAACCCAUCCUGAACAGCCUGGCUACGCUUUUGAUCUGCCUUGAGACUGACGUUCAUCAGACAUGACCACGGCAGAUUAACCUCACCAAGUCUGAUUAUGGCGGUGGAUUGAUCAAGAUUUUACUUUGCUAGGGGAGGUUGUUUUUGCAUCGCGCCCUGCGACGCUGCUCUGAUACAAGACGUUCUGAAAGAUUUGCCGUGAUUUGAAGAUUUAAAACAUCAAAAUGAGAAAUUCUGGAUGGGUCGCCAGGCAACAGUUGUAUUCAACUGUGCUGAGAAUGAGUAGGUAGCUCUCACCAGAGAGUGAGUAUAAUGUGCCAAAUCAACCAAGGGGGGAUAGUAGAGCCCUACUGUGUACCAACUUCUCCUCGCCACUGUUUUUAUAUAGAGAAUUUAAAAAACCUAGAAUGAUAUGUUAUUACUAUUAAUUAUUCUUAUUACAUUACUGGUCUUCUUAUUAUUCCUAUGCUCCUCAUCAUUAGUAUUCUAUUAUUUGAAUAUGGCAUGGCUCUGUCCUGUGACUGUGUUUUGACUGUUUUGAACCUCUCAGCCGAGAAGUACACACCAACAGAGACAAACUAUGAUGGACGAGACGUUUGAGUUCUUCUUUUCUACCAAGAGGAAUGUGCUCUCUGCUGAGCCAAAAACAAGCCCGUCUUUUCUCUUGGUGAACCCCCGCUACACUUGCUCCUCAUCCUCCUAAAGAGGGAACGCUGUACAGAUGAGAGAGAGAAGUUCUAUAUUUGCAACAGAGGUGACUGUUUUGUUUGUACAACAUGGUUUUGAAAUCUUUCAGACUUUUCAGAAGCCAGAAUCCCAAGUUAGUUACCUACCUGCUCACUUACAAUGGUACGUUUUUGAUUUUGAAAUCGAACUAAAAAUUCUAAUCUUCAAAUGAAUGUCUUUAAUUCCCACAGGGGAAACAUAUCUGCACUGUUCAAAAUCAAAAAACGACUCUUAGGAAAAGACCUAAAACUCUCAGCUUCCUUCCCGAUACACUGUAGCUCCACUGUGUUUUAUCAACAAAUCUUUUUUUUUUCCCUCCUCCUCCCAUCUCCCAGGUUUUUACUUGUUAUUUUUUUGGAUUCCUCUGGUUCCACUGUGGUGCCAUUGUGCCAACUUGAUAAAUCACAAAGAAGUAUUUGAAAUGAUUUUAAAUACUACUAUUUACAGACCUCUUCAUCGAUACACAUCAGUUUGCCAAACAGAACAACAAUUUGCACAAAACGAUCCACCCCCAUUGGCUCACUGCUCCCCUUCUAUCCUCCAAUCAUUUCUAAGACCAAAGUACUGUGGUAGUAAAUUGACCCUUAUAGCCCCCUGACCCGGCCCCAGCUAUUUACCCACCAUCACCCUUACAGUUACGACUCUAGCACAUGCAUACACAUUCAGGUGUACUCAUGCACACAAACCACACACAACCACACACAGAUGAAUGUAUUCUUUGAGAAAUUAAUACUGUUGAGCAGCUGGAUUUUCUGUUUCUGAUGUACAAGCUGCGUUCAAACAGUGUCCUCAUCUGUCUGAUAGAAACA